GCCAUUUUUUUUCUUAAGAGAUUUUAAGCGAACGGAAUCUUAUUUGUUUUGUUGCAACGUUGUUACAAGUAUCAGCAGAAAUCGUCGAUUCGUGGGCUGGUGGCUUUCUGAUUUUACUAAAUCACCAUCUCGUCGAUUUGCCGUCUAAGAUAUUCACUCAUGUUGCGUCAAAAAGUUUAAACUAUGAAGAUUGAUAGAAGCAAGUUGAAAAAGAGCAGUUCGGAAGUGCCUGCAGAUUGUAAAGCCUUGAUAGAAAGGUUGAAAUCAUGUAGUGAAGAUGAACUUCUCGCUGAACUAAAGAAAAUUGAGACUUGGACGUAUGGAAAAUGUGAACUUUAUCAUUGGGUUGAUGUGUUGGAUCUCUGUGAUUCCAUCUUGGAACGUGCAUGUCACAAAGAACGUGAAAAUAGUUGGGUUCUUGCUUGUGACUUAUCACAAAACAAACAGUUGAAGGAACUGCUGCUAUGGACCUUACAUUUUACCACCUUGCUCAUAGAGCAUUCAUUUUCUCGGCACCUCUACAACUCUAUGGAACAUCUAACUUCAAUGCUGUCAUCAAACUGCUUGAAUGUUGUCCUUGGUGUCUUGAAUUUACUUUACAUGUUUUCCAAGCGAAGCAAUUUCAUCAGCAGGCUAGCAUCUGAGCGGAGGGUCAGUCUGCUCUCUAGACUCACCUACCUUGCAGAGAGCUGGGGUGGUAAAGAAAAUGGGUUUGGAUUGGCCGAAUGUUGUAAGGAUUUGCCACUUUCGUCGUAUCCUUCUAGUGCCACCACUUUGCACUUCGAGUUUUACGCAGAAUUGAUGGGUGAUGGAACUGGCCGACAGAGUGGCAGCGGGAAAUCUAGUGGUAGUUUUGUUACUGUAAUUCACGUGGAACACGUUGAGUGGCUAAAUAAGACCCCAGCUCAAUUGAUGGAAGACCUCAUUGAUGUACACCACGUGCCACUGGACAAGCAAAUGCAACUUUUCACUCACAUUCGAUUGGCCCAUGCCUUUUCGGAUUAUCGUCGCCGUCUUCAGUGUGUACAGGCAAGAUUACAGGCCCUCUCCGUCCUGAUUUACUGUAAUGCACUGGCAGAUGCAGCUCCGUCUUUGCUUUAUGCUGGUCUGCUAGAAGAACUAGUCGACGUUUUGGAGCUGACCGAACCACAACUAAUGGAAAUACGUGCUGCAGCGUUGCGAACGCUAACAGCCAUAAUUCAUUUAGAUCGCAAUCCCAAUUUUCCAAAAUUGAACACCAUUAUUGACGUUACCGGGGCGGCCUUGUAUCAUGGAUUUUUACCUGUCCUUGUCCGAAGCUGCAUUGCUUCACUAACUGGCCAGCAUACAGAGCAAGACAUGAUUCCGUUCCCGCUGCCACUUGCAACGGCCCUCUUUUCGUUUCUAUAUCAUUUGGCUAGUUACGAAGCUGGCGGAGAAGCUUUGGUUGCCUGUGGCAUGAUGGAGUCACUCUUGCGUGUCGUUUCUUGGCCCGGAUCAGAGCUUGAGCAUAUCACUUUUGUAACCCGCGCAGUCCGGGUUAUCGACCUAAUCACCAAUUUAGAUAUGCACGCUUUCCAAGCACAUGGAGGACUCCAGAUUUUUAUUAAUCGUUUGGAAUCUGAAGUUGAUGCCUGUCGGAAGGAGCAGCCGUAUGAAAUUCGCCCGCCAAUCAGCGCAGCUACUGCCAGUAACGCAGGCGUAAAUAUCCCUGGCGAUGACCCUACUAAUGAGUCGGAGUCAGAGAUGGAAGUAGACACAGGAGCUGCUUCUUCUUCCUCACCGGCAUCGCAGCCAUUAACUGAGCCUAUUCCCGGCGUGACUUGCCUUCCACAGCGGGCUGCUCUCCUCAAAUCUAUGUUGAAUUUCUUAAAAAAGGCCAUUCAAGAUUCGUCUUUCUCAGACUCGAUUCGACAUGUCAUGGAUGGAUCGUUGCCAGCUGCUCUGAAGCAUAUAAUUUCAAAUGCGGAGUACUACGGACCAUCUCUUUUCCUUUUGGGAACUGAUGUGGUGACAGUAUAUGUCUUCCAAGAGCCUUCUCUUCUUUCAUCAUUGCAGGAUUCGGGUUUAACAGAUGUAGUGCUCCAUGCUUUACUCGUUAAAGAUGUGCCUGCUACAAGAGAGGUCUUAGGAUCGUUACCAAAUGUUUUUAGUGCCCUUUGCUUAAACGCUCGAGGUUUGGCCUCGUUCGUCGCCUGCAAACCUUUCCAGCGACUAUUUAAAGUUCUGCUCUCUCCCGACUACUUGCCGGCAAUGCGACGCCGUCGGAGUUCGGAUCCUAUGGGAGAUACAGCCACCAACUUGGGAAACGCAAUGGACGAGCUAAUGCGACACCAACCAAGUCUCAGAACAGAUGCCACUGCUGGCAUCAUACAAUUGUUGGAAGAACUCUGUGCCCUUGGUCACGAUCCCAAUUAUAUUGCCUCGAGCCGCACUCAAAAGUUUGAAGUUGCUCAGAAUACGUCUGCUCGAACGGGCCCAGUAGAGGCCACUGGCGGUGGUAGCAGCGAUGAAGAAGAGGACGAGGAGGAAGAAGCCACUUCUUCGUCAAAUCCGGCACCACCCAGAGGAAUCGAAACUGAGGCCGGCGCUGUUGUCCCAUCUGAAAAGACGCCCGUCCCAUUGGUCGACUACGUCCUUAACGUGAUGAAAUUUGUUGACGCUAUAUUAAGCAACAACUCGACGGAUGAUCAUUGUCGCGAAUUCGUAUCCCAGCGAGGCCUCAUUCCGCUCAUGGGUAUUUUGGGACUGCCGAAUCUUCCUGUCGACUUCCCUGUUACGCCUGCUUGCCAAGCGGUCGCUGCUGUUUGCAAGUCAAUCUUAAAUUUGGCACACGAACCACUUGUGUUGAAGCAAGGAUUAGACCACCUUCAAGUUGUCCUCAAUACUCUUCAACAGCUGCACAAACCUCUUGACCCACCUGGAGGUUCAGUGCUUUUAAGAGAACUUGCGUCAUCGUCAAAUCCUACUGAAGCCAUCACUUCACCUAAUACGACACCUUUGUUGCAUGCAAUGGCUGCAGCUCACGCCUACAUCAUGAUGUUUGUCCACGUUUGUCGAACGGGUCAGAGUGACAUCCGCACUCUCUCAAUUAAUCAUUGGGGUUCUCCUCUUGGACUUCCUGUUCUUAAAGGAUUAUCAAAGUUGUACACUUCUCUUGUUUGGGAAAGCACCGUACUGCUCGCUUUGUGCUCGGAUGAAACGCUUCCACUUGGAUGUCAGUUUGGACGGGCAGAUUUGGAAAAAUUGCUUCCACCUGAACUUAAGACUGUUGCUGAAGGUCCAUCUUGUAGCGGAGCUGUCGGUAUGGAAUUAGGCACCAACAGUGUUGCGGCAGCACUACAGGCGCUCAGCACAGAAGCUAGCCCACCAGCUGCCAUGGAAAUUGAUCACGAUCAGUUGGAUGCAAAAGAUAGACCGCGUCCAGAAAAACUGACACCCGCUCAGCAACAUCAAAUGAAAAUGGUGAAACCACUGUUAAGCACAGCAUCGAGAUUGGGCCGUGCGUUGGCCGAACUGUUUGGUUUGCUGGUCAAACUCUGCGUCGGCUCCCCCAUACGACAUAGACGUGCACAUCAGGCUCCUCCCACACCACUUAUUCCGUCACCAUCUGCUCAGGCUGUGGCCGGUGCUUUGACCCAGCUCCUGACCAGUGGAUUGGCUUGGGAACCUCCCAUCACAUCACCCACUCCUAAAUUUCGCCUCACCUUUCUCAUUUGUUCGGUGGGCUUUACUUCGCCAAUGCUUUUUGAUGAGAAAAAGCUACCAUACCACCUGAUGCUUCAUAAGUUCGUUAGCUGUGGUGGGCAGUCAGCGUUUUUUGACGCUUUCUAUUGGGCCCUCUCUGCUGGAGGUCGCGUUUCUCCCGACCAAGGACUAGAGUAUUCCGAUCUCCCAGAAGGUACUGGGGAAUUUCUUGACGCCUGGCUCAUGCUUCUGGAAAAGAUGGUCAAUCCCAAGAACAUCCUCGAUUCUCCUCACCAGUUACCUAACAAAGCGUUGCAUGGAUCUAAGCAUCCCUUCUCCCCGUUAAAAUACCUGAUUAGUACGCAUCGUCAAGCCUUUGAUGCCGUCAUGAAGCUUUGGGGCAAGAGACCUUUGAAAGUAUACGGUGCCCGUAUGACGGAGUCGGUUCUUACCAUUCUCUGUCACAUUCUAAAAGGUGAAGUCAUUAUUCAAGAGAAACUGGCCCUUGAAAAAGUUGAGGAGCCUGCUGGUACUUCAACAGCUGCAACUUCCGGUACUUCAAGUGCCAACGCAACUCCUGCUACGCCCGCAGGAGCGGUCACUUCUACUGUGGCGGUUCCUGGUGAACCUACAAGUGGGUCCUCGGCCGGUGCACGACGUCCUGCCCCUGAACGAGGAGGAGCUGAAUCAGAUGCUGAUUUAGUCAAUUCACAGCAUCUCCAAGCUUUAAUGGAUAUGGGAUUUCCUCGUGAUCAGUGCGUGGAAGCUUUGCUUUUCACUACGUCUCUUGAACAAGCCACCGACUAUCUACUGUCAACUCCACCAUCUCUACUUCGUGCUCCCCACGGAGCUGUUGCUGCAGCUGCCGCUGCGGCUGUAUCCACCGCCAUGGACACAGACGGCAAUGACGAAGAUGCUGUGAUGCGUGCCAUCGCACUUUCAUUAACUGCCGACUCUGAUCGAGCUGAUGACGCUGGUGUAGUUGAAAAGGAGCCACAGGAGCACGUGCUCCAGGGAGAACCUUUGAGCAAGCAAGUGUUGGACCAAUUUGUUCAACAGGCCUUGGGUGGAUGUUUGUCACUCUUAGAUUCUCUACCGGAAACAGUCUAUCGAGUUUGCAGUCUCGUUGUUGCUAUGGUCAAUCGUAACGGUGAAAUGUAUCGCGACAGCAUGCUAGCGUCUCUCGCAAAGGAAAUCGGAAGCUGCGUGACUUCGUUGCAGGAACAUUUGGAUGGAGUAGAUAGUCUAGGUUCUAAAGCUGAUGCAGUAAUUCAAAGCAACGAUGCGAUGAAGGCUUCUGUGCGUAUUCAUCUCUUUACGCUGCUAUGUGAAGAGAUGAAAAUAGCCUGCGCCCGUCAGCUGGAAGAAAAAGAUUUGGUGCUGAAGCUGAUUCGUCUACUCAGUUCUGGGCAGCAGGUUCUCGCCGUCCGAGCCAAAGUCAAUGACGGAAAUGAAUGCAAGCCGGCUGACGGUGUCGGUACUACACCCAAGUGGAUGGCUCCGUUGCUUCUCUGCCUUGACCUUUAUGAGAAGAUGUCAUUGGGGACAAGGCGCCGUGCCGCCAUGGAGAAAGUGACGUCUCACAUGUGGAAAUGGUUUGACAUUGUUUCAGGCAAGUGGUGUCCCUACACAGCUGCCAACAACAAAAUCAUCGACGAUGCAUUCUGGGCUGGACAAAAUUCUGUUCGAGUUACUGCAGGAAGAAGGCGAUAUCUACUACAGUUUUCGUCCAUGAUUCAAGUGAACGAAGAAACGGGCAAUAGACGACCAAUGAUGUUGUCACUUAAAGAAAAACCGAAAGAACCGACUGUAGACGAAGCCAAUCGCAUGGAUGAAAACGCUGCGAUGGACGUCGAUGAGACCGAAAAAGAAUCAUCAAAAGGAAGUCAACUAAGUGGACUGAAUCUUGAUCAAGGCAGCGAGUUGAUUAAAGCUUGCGUCGGACUACUCUGCAUUCCGGCAGACCCCGACACCCUUCAUGCAGCCAUGCGACUUUGUUUGCGUCUAACGCGACACUAUCAGCACGCCGAAAAGUUUGCCAGCCUUGGCGGAGUGAAGCAAUUGUUAAAUCUCAGUCAGUCAUCGACCUUCUCUGGAUUUUUGACAUUAGCCACAUUGCUGUUGCGUCAUUUGGUUGAAGAACCUGAAACGCUUCACCACACGAUGGAAAAGGUGUUGCGAGCUUACACUGGGCCUAGUGCAGCCCCCAGCACCAAAGAAUUCCACUUUCUGAUGAGAGUACUUGCCCCAGCAGCCUGCCGGGACGUGCAAAUCUUUUCUGAAGUGUGUAAGACUUUCCUGCGUGCAGACUUGAGUCUCACCAACAAACGAGGUGAUGAAGAAGACAAUCGCCUAUUGAUGAAAGCACUACCUCCGCGUCCCGGAUGCAAUUUGCCACAGCUCAGUGGAGUAGCCAGAGAAAUUGUUUGUGAUUUGCUGGAUGCUUUGACCAUUCCUGUACCACCUGAAGAGACUAUUACGACACCACCUCCAGCAACUGAAACGGAUGGCACAGCGCCCGUGGCCAUUCCACCAGCGAGACGUUACGCCGGUCGAAACGUCCGUCAACAGGAGUUGAUACGCAAUUCGAGUUCAAACGAUUUGCUGAAUCACGAAGCCGAAGAAACUGUCGAUGAUGCUAGUAGGCGCGAUCUCCUGGCACGUAAGAAAGACUCUUCUUCAGAGGAAAUGGAUCGUAGACGUCGCCCACUGCUACCAAAGAGCGCUAUUUGUCGUCUUUUAGCGGAAUUGGUCCGCUCGUACGCUGGAUGCGCGAGGUUGGUUGCCGAACAUAUAUUUCCAGCGAAGACAAGCGAGUUAGUCAGCGAGGAAACCUCUGCCUUGGCGUUUUUACUCGACAACCUUUUGCCUUCGUGUCAGACCGCGGGAGAUAAAGACAGUCCGGCACUUGUCCGUACUUUAGUAGCAUCCCUUGCGUCAUGCAAUCAUGCGCCAGAAGCUCAGAGUUGUCUUGUGGCUGAGGUAAAGGGCGCUUUGAAUCGAGCUCUAACAAUGCCAGAAUCGAACGACAAACAUAACCGAUUGCAGUCUCUCACGGCUUUAUUGUCCACAAUGAUCGAAAGUUGUCCGGCAACCGGUCUUCAGCCACCACAAGCCUUGACAACAGCCUUCAAGCAACAAAAUCUAGGCAUGAACAACAUGGUGAAAUUCAUGCUGAAACGUGGGCUGGUUAAUGACCUUGCCAGAAUCCCGCAUUGCUUAGACAUGUCAUCUCCGCUGAUGGCGUUCACAGUAAACGCAGCUCUAAAACCACUGGAAGCCUUGUCACGUAUCGUCAACCUGCCACCAGCUGCACCCGUAGCUGGACGUCCGGCAACUAAGCCCAAAUCUGGCGAUGAAGGCGAACAACAAGAGUCUUCAGCUCUACUUCAGGGCAAUAGCACGUCCGACAACACGCGCGCUCAGGCAGUGGAAAUCAGUAGUGCACUAGAUGCAGAAAAUACCGAACAAGAUGUAUCUGCUGCUGGCGAAAGUCUAGAAAAUUUGGCUGAUAAUGAUGGCGGUGGUGAAAGUGGCGACAACAAUCUCGAGGAUAUAAUGGAUCAACACUCACAAGCGUUGGUGGAAGCCUUGAUCGUUGCUGCAGAAAAUCCGUCUCAAAUGGAAACUGACGAUUCAGCCCAUGACUCACAGAUGAGGACACACAAUGAAAGCGAAUUCAUCGGCGCCGAUGACGCCCAUUAUCACGCAAAUGAUCCACGUGAUUCGAGUGAUUCCGAUUCGCAGUCAGAGUCUGGUCAUUCGGAUGAUGACGAUGAUGAAGCCGAUGAUGAUGAUGACGACGACGAUGAUGGGGGUGAAGAGGAAACAGAAGAAGAAGGUGAGGGUGAAGACGAUGUUGAAGAAGAAGAGGAAGAAACAGAAGCCGAAGAAGGCGAAGAGGAAAAUGCUUCUGGUUAUGGCGAAGACAGUGACCGUUAUCCUGAGAUGUUGAGAGAUUUCUUGACUCGUGGAGCUGCUGGAGCUGGAGCCGACGUUGAAGAUACCCUCGUAUUCACUUACCCAGAUGCUGAAAACAGCGCCGCCGGUUUGGGCUUCGGUGCAGGGCUUGGCCUUGGUCGUCUGGGUCCCGGCAUGCCGCUUUUCCUGGAAGACACUUUCCGGAGUCAUAUGUUUCCUUAUCCACUAAUGGAUGAAGCCAACGGCAAUGACGCAGCCGUAAGUACUGGAACGGCUUCAAUGUCUCGGCUCAAUGCCCUUGCCCACCCGUUACUAGUGGGGCGGCAACCUGCUGCGCCGGAAGGAUCGGCUGCCGCCGCCUCAAGCCGUAAUCGUGGUGGAAGACAACGAGGUUAUCGCUAUCUACAGGCUAAUUCUCGCGUACCAAAUCCACCGGCCAUUCUUCAACGGCUUUUGGGACCGUCUGCCACUCACGACGUACUUCAAUUAACUGGAGGACAGACUCUUGGAUUUGGCCGCGAAUCGCGCGUCUUCCUGGUAGACAAUGGUCUUGGAAUUUUGGCUAAUCCCGAAGAUGAAGCUCUGCUUGACAUUCAAGAUCAAAUGGGUGGAGUACUCGUUGCCCCUGGAAUUCCAUCAGGCCUUGUACAAACACCUUCAGCACUUAACCGAUGGAUGGAAGAAGCUAUUAUCUUGGACGCCGAUUCUAUUCACGAUUGCAUCGCUGCGCUGAAACCGGAAAUUCUUCUUAUUGUUGAAAAGCAGCGCGAUGAAGAGUUGUCGGAGAAGCGGGAGCGACGCAAAAAGCAGCAAGAAGAAGAAGCAACUCGUCGCAAGAAAGAAGAGGAAACCGAGCAAAAAGAACGCGAGAAAAACAUAGAUGCUACCCCAUCAUCGUCGACGGCGUUGUCAACUUCAACUACUUCGGUCGUUCCACCACCUGUCACGAUGGAAGUUGCUCAACCCGAAACUCCGGUCAGUGUGUCAGAAACGCCAUCAUUCGGGUCGUUCUUCCAUGGAUUCAAUAUGCAAUCGGGAUCCAGUAACAAUUCAGCCAUGUCAUCGACUCCACUGGUGCGUUCUAACGACCACGCUGAAACUUUGGCUACCUCUAUCGUUGAAGCUGUACUUGGUCCAGCAUUGGAAACCGUUUCCAGUCAGGCUCGACCACAGGCUUCAGAGAAUCGUGAACAAGCGGAAGCUACUCCGACUAUGGCUCCGUCUCUCCGUGUUCAGCCGCAGACGACUGCAAUCACUCCUAGCGAAUCGUCUACCCAAUCCACCGUGCCUGUUAUAGUGGAAACGCCAGCCAAUAAUAGCAGUUUCACUACCUCACAUGGCCUCAUGUCCGCGAUUCAAAGAAUGCAGGCGGAAACAACGCCGAAUGUUGACCGAGGUAGUGACCAAUCUACAACGCCUUUUAACCCUAUACCGAAUGCUACGCCUGGCGCCCCUCGAACUGGAUUACAAGAAGAAUUGCACCCAUUCUCGACAGAUCAGGUGCAGUUUAUCCGACGGCCAUUAACUUUCCAGGGAGAGAUUAACACACCCAUCCGAUCGACUGAUGAAAGUUUUAUGGGCCUUUCAGCUGAAGAACUCCGUGAGCAGGUUGAUCUUGAAAGUCAACAACUUGAAAAUCGACACCCUAUCAACAUGGAUUUAGGUGCCGGAUCUGUGAUGCCGCCGAGCGCAGAGCCGACUGGUGCCGUAGCACUACCCCUAGCAGCAGCCGGAUCGUCAGGUCAGCAACCAAGCGAGUACCAGUCGUUGUUGGGUAAUAUUGAAAUACCAGAAGGCGUCGAUCCAUCAUUUUUGGCCGCACUUCCCGAAGAUAUGAGACAAGAAGUUAUUGCCGAACAACUUCGUUUGCAACGACUGCGUCAACGUGCAAGGGCUCAAACCACCGAUACCACUACCCAACAGGCCGUUUUGGAAGUGAGUGCCGAGUUCUUGGCGGCUCUUCCACCAAACAUUCAGGAAGAGGUGCUUGCACAACAGCGUCUCGAACAGCAGCGCACUGUUGUCCCUGCAAAUCCUAAUGAACCCGUCGAUCCAGCUGAUUUUCUUUCUACUCUGCCACCGGCGCUUCGACAAUCCAUCCUUGCUGAUAUGGAAGAUUCGCAGAUGGCCGUUUUGCCUCCCGAUUUGGCUGCAGAAGCCCAAAAUCUGCGGCGAGAGUGGGAGGCGCGCAACAGGCAGCUGAUGGCAGAUCGAUUCUUUACCCACGUCGGCAACUCUGGAGCUAACGCUCUCUCGUCAAUCAUCCGCAACAGCAUGGGUCGAUUGGGCAGUCGUUAUGGAGUGCACCCGGUCCACAAUCGUGGUCAUUGGGGUGGCUGGGGUAGACCUGUUGCUGGGGCAAGUGGGGCAUCUGCUGUAGUAGCUCAGGCUGCUGCGAAUGGAGUUCGUCUAAGGGGUCGCCACUUACUGGAUCAUGAAGCUCUGUCCUGUUUGCUAGUCCUUCUUUUCAUUGACGAGCCCAAGUUGAACACGACGCGGCUACAUCGCGUACUCCGCAAUCUCUGCUAUCACGGUCCCACUCGUGACUGGGUUGUCAAGUCAUUAUUGUCGAUUUUGGAACGCAGUAAUGAGGCUCGCGCAAAUGCCACAGAGCUAUUUCCGAUUACGUCGACUCCAUCCACCAAAGGGAAAAGAUUCCCUUCUAGAGCCUUGACGGCGACGCCUCCAUCUGAUGUUAAGCAUGCUACCGGUGUUCCGUCAUGGUUAAAUAUUAGCCUUGAUGCAGCACUAGGUUGUCGAGCCAACGUUUUUCAUAUACUGAAACCUUCAUCAGCUGGUGGAGUUAAGAAACAGGGAGCGUCAAGUUCCAUCACAAUCCACAGUCAAGCCGCACCUAUCAUAUGUCGUCACACAUUAGACGUUUUAAUAUCGUUAGCCAAAAGUUUUCCUUCUCAUUUUCUCCCUCGACCACCACUGGCUGGAAUUGAAGACAAGAAAGAAAAAGAAGCUGAAGGCAAAAAAGGCACACCAGUCGCCGCAUCUUCGAUGAAGAAACAGGAGACGGGCACAGAUUUCUGGGACCUCUUAGCUCGCUUGGAUUCACAGAGCGCGUCCCGUAAAGGCAAAGGUCUAGCACGGACCCACAGCGGCGCUACGACUCAUGGCGCGGCGUCUGCUGCUACUGGAGCUGAAGAGGAGAUUCGUCAUGUAAGCCUGGAAUCGUCGCCGUUCGGUCAACUUCUCGCUCUUCUGUCAUCAAGUGUAGUCAGAAGAAGUUCACUAUUGACGGAUCGCUUGUUGCGUCUUCUGUCUCUCAUUUCCCUUGGUUUACCAGACAGUAACGCGAUCGCUCCAGCUCAGCAACAGCAGCUUCAUCAACAACAGCAGCAACAACAGCAACGUCGUCAUUCUGAAGGUGUACGCAUGCGCGACUGGGAAAGGCGCGAAUUGCACAGCUCUUUGGCUGUCCAGUUGCAGCAGCAGCGAGAUACAGCACUCGAUUUGUCUCUCUCUGGAAUUGAAGCGUCUCCACAGGAUUUGCAGCUGCUCGAGCAACACCUCAAGCUUGCCGUAGAUGUGCUCACUUCUAAGAGCUGUUCAGAGGAAGGCUUGGAAGAUGCGACUUCUCUGUUGCUAAGCCUUUCAUAUGGCCCACAUCCUACUAGGGAUACAAUUUUGAAGCUCCUUUUGGAUGGAGCGCGUGAACUAGGAAAUAUUGUUUGCUCUCAUAUCCGAGCUCUUUUGAAUGAACUUCACACUCUGAGGCGUCGUCCUGAAGCAUCCACAUCGGCUGUCUCAGCCCAAACAGGCACUACUUCUGAAGAAACGGACCUUGAAGGUGUCGACCGAUCAAAGGGAUUCUUAAUGGAUCGAUUUACAAAGGACAUGGUUGUCGUUUCCGCUCAGACGAAACCGAAAACCGGAGGCUAUGAAUUGCAGUUGCCUUCUAUGGGAUCUUUGACGAGUAAAACAUCGAGUCAAGCAUUCUUCCUGCGUAUUCUGAAAGUAAUCCUGCAGUUGAGAGACGCUGCUCGAUUAGCAGCAGUGAAAGCUAAACGAAAGCAAGUUGAAGCUACGACUCCCGCUCCGGCCCCUGCUGAUGGCAGCUCCGCUGCUGCAGUAGGAACCGAGCCCAGUGAACCAGUAAUCCCGGAGAUAUCUGAUUCUGCAACCCCAGCAAGUGCCCCAUCAACAGCAGGAGCUGCGACUGAAGCUCCGAAUGAAGUACCAGCAACACCAAUGGAGGUCGACGAAGUGGGAGGUGGAAGAGAUAUCGAGUUGCCUCGGCUCAGCCAACAGCUUUUACUUGAUAGCCUUUGGAACACUUUAAGUGAAUGCCUCCAGGAGUUGGCAGAUACUCCGGAUCAUCACGCCGUUUUGGUUCUCCAACCAGCCGUAGAAGCAUUCUUUCUUGUACAUGCAGCACAGACGAGUAAAGAAGAACGUGAGAAACGAAGUCGUCGACCAGAGACCCGUGAAUCUCAGCUGUCUCACUUGCAGCAAGAAAUCGGUGGCCCAGGAUCUCCUUCUAUGGCAGCCCAAGCCAGCAACGACGACAGCCUUAAUCAGCUGACUUUGUCAAUGUCAAGCGCGCCUUCAUCGGACCUUCCUCCAGACACCCAAAAAUUCCUUUCAUUUGCCGAACGUCAUCGCACGGUUCUUAAUCAGAUUUUACGCCAGUCGACCACACACCUGGCAGAUGGCCCUUUUGCUGUCCUCGUGGAUCAUACUCGAGUUUUGGACUUUGAUGUUAAACGUCGAUACUUCAGGACCGAACUUGAACGUGCUGACGCAGGCAUUCGUCGAGAGGAUCUAGCCGUCCACGUCAAGCGCGAGCACGUAUUCGAGGACUCGUUUCGUGAAUUGCAUCGACGUUCUCCCGAGGAAUGGAAGAAUCGUUUCUAUAUUGUGUUUGAGGGUGAAGAAGGCCAGGAUGCUGGAGGUUUACUGAGAGAAUGGUAUGUGAUUAUCUCACGUGAAAUUUUCAACCCUAUGUACGCGCUGUUCUCCACUUCACCGGGCGAUCGAGUUACUUAUAUGAUCAACGCACUGUCCCAUUGCAAUUCCAACCAUCUGUGUUACUUCAAGUUUGUUGGUCGCGUCAUCGCAAAGGCCAUUUAUGACAACAAGUUGCUCGAGUGUUAUUUCACUCGCUCAUUUUACAAGCACAUUCUUGGUAAAUGUGUUCGUUACACUGACAUGGAAAGCGAAGACUACUCUUUCUAUCAGGGUCUCGCCUUCUUAAUAGAACAUGAAGUGACGGAGCUCGGCUACGACUUGACAUUUUCAACAGAGGUACAGGAGUUCGGCGUGACUGAAGCACGGGAUUUGAAACCCAAUGGAAGGAACAUCAUUGUUACAGAGGAGAACAAAAUGGAAUACAUCCGUCUGGUUUGCCAGAUGAAAAUGACAGGCGCCAUUCGCAAGCAGCUGAACGCUUUCCUCGAAGGCUUUUACGAUAUAAUUCCCAAACGUUUAAUCAGUAUCUUCAACGAACAAGAGUUGGAACUCCUUCUCUCUGGUCUGCCCAACAUAGAUAUCGAUGAUUUGAAAGCCAACUCCGAGUAUCACAAGUAUCAACCAACAUCUCUGCAGAUUCAAUGGUUUUGGAGAGCUCUUCGGUCGUUUGAUCAAGCAGAUCGAGCAAAAUUCUUGCAAUUUGUUACUGGCACUUCCAAAGUUCCGCUGCAAGGCUUUUCUGCAUUGGAGGGCAUGAAUGGUGUUCAAAAAUUCCAGAUUCAUCGGGACGAUCGCUCAACCGAUCGAUUACCUUCUGCCCACACAUGCUUCAAUCAGUUGGAUUUGCCUGCCUAUGAAACCUACGACAAACUCAGAACUUAUCUCCUCAAAGCCAUUCAUGAAUGUUCCGAAGGCUUUGGAUUCGCCUAAGAGAAGGUGAUCUUAUGUAUAAGGGUUCAGACGAAGGGGAAUGAAAUUUAAGAGUGUCGUUUUUUUCUUCCAAAAACCUUACCUAUAUUCCCGUACACACCCUUCGUAUUUACUUCCCUGUUGAAACUUGGAUAUACCCGUUUACCCUUUCUGUCCCCAAAAUUUUUGUUCGUUUAACUGGUUUUUUUCUGUCUUGGAGAAACUUAGAUAACUUGUGUUGUUUGCACUAGUUGGAGAACUCCUUGUUAAUUUCCUCGUGCAUUAGGUGAAAUGUGAAGAUUCAAAAAUGCAAAAAAUUGAGCGAAUUAAAUACGGUUGAUUUCUGA